AUGUGGGACAUCCGUUUGCCUUCGACGGAUGUCCGACUUCCGUCGACGGAUGUGGGAUAUCCUUUGAUGGUCAAUCGGAUAUCCCACAUCCGUUUUGGCUCUCGGAUGCUAAAUGGCAAGAACACUUGUGCAUCUUUUAGUUCUCGAGGUGAGAGUUCUCGAGGAGAGAGUUCGUCGCAGUGCGAAGCUCGGAGAAGACCUACCGUUUCUACUCGUAGAAGUCGUGCAACUCCUAUCCAGGAUGACCCCAUAGUUGAGGAGCGAGCCGUUGAGGAACAAACAUAUGAGGCGUAUGAAACUCAUGGUGAGGAGUAUGCACUUGAGGCCCCUAAUGACGAUGACGAUGAGGAGGAGCAUGCGGAUGUUCAUGACAUACAAGAGGAUGUCGGUGGAUUUCCUAGAGGUCCACGUGAUGAUUCAUUGCUGACGCACUAUGUUCAUCAUGUAGCUUAUGCUAUUUCCAAAGGUCGGGAUCGAGGGGACACACUGAAGUUGAUCUCCCACGGAAAAAAAGUAAAUAAGUUAGGACCAUGCCACGAUGGAAUUCAACACAUUGUGUUGAAUUCCAGUUUGAUGCCUCUUACAGGGAUUUGUUAUGAUUACGUUGAUAAUGGGUUACUCCUCAGAUUCAUAGAGAGGUGGCAUUUUGAGACCAGUAGUUUCCAUCUCCCUAUAGGGGAGAUGUCGAUUACUCUUGAUGACGUCUCGACAUUACUUCACCUGCCCGUGAUGGGACAAAUGUGUGAUUUGGAGGAGUUGGAGUUUGAGGAGGCUCGUACAGCCCUUGUGCAACAGCUCGGCGUUGAUGGUGGCAUAGCAGGUGCUGAGAUGGAGGAUACACGUGGUCCGAAAGUCAGACUCAGUUGGCUUAGAGAGAUAUAUGUUCAGAGAGAUGUACACGCGUGUGACAGAUAUGCCUGGGGUGUUGCUGCACUCGCCUAUUUGUACGAGCAGCUCGGGGAUGCGAGUCUCGCCUCCACGAAGCAGAUGGCUGGAUAUUUGACUCUAUUUCAGAGUUGGAUAUACGAACAUUUCCCUAGCAUGGGGAGGAGGCGGUUAGUGACUUCUUACGAUGAUACCACACCACGUGCCAUGAGGUGGCAGAGCCCUAGGCAGAGUUCCACUCUUGCAGAGAUUCGGUCACAGUUGGAUGCGCUGACAUACAGUGGAGUUGUAUGGCAUCCGUAUGAGGGGCAUCGGGGCAUUCGGCCAUUCUCCGGCAUCUGUAUGUAUUCUGGAUGGAUUCGGAUUGGUGACACCCUUUGUCAUCAUUUGCCUGAGCGUGUGCUGAGCCAAUUUAGGUUUCAGCAAGACAUUCCACGAUCACCGACUACAGUUCCAGAUGCAGAAGUAGUGGCCAUUGAUCAUGUUUGGUUGCACUUCAGAGCUCACGUUGUGAGUAAUGUCAGACAUGCAGCAUCCCCUUCUGAAUUUGUCGAUGGGUACAUUCAGUGGUUUAGGAGGGUUUCACAUCCUUAUAUUAUUGUUGCUGCAGAUGACGCGCGACCGGCUCUUGCGCCUAGACAGUGCCCCGAUGUUCCACAAGAGGCACGACCCCAUCGUAGAUCAUCUCCACCUUCACCAUCUGGCGCCCUGGCUAGAUUUAGGCGAAUGGCGAGAAUGUUACAGUCCUUGAUAUCGUGUCGUCAUGUGACCGAGGGUACUGUUGCACAUCAGGUGUCAAUGGACCUGCUUUAG